AUGCUUCUUGCACAAAAAAAGCCCAGCCCUAGCCCACUUAAUUUUGAAGCAUUUCGAGUUAUUUUAAAGCAAAAAGAAAGGGAAAUUCGUGAAGAUCUUGAUUUUAUAAAAUAUCGGUUAGACUGGAAUAAACAAGAAAUAACCCGUAUUCAUACAGUUCUUUAUACUCCAUAUUAUGAUUGGAUUACAGCAGGAGAAGAAAUUGCAAAUGUUCAUGCAGUAAUCAAAUCCCAUAUAAAUAAUUUUACAAGAAUUCUUCCCUGUCUUAUUAAGUCUUCUGUUUUACGAAAUAAAUUUCAUGUACAAUGGCAAAAUCUUUAUAAACAGACGAAAAAAUUGUUAAAAGAUAUCGAUUUACUUGAUGAUAUCAAUAAUACAUAA